AUGAAAAGUUUUAAAGAAUACUAUAAAGAUCCAAUGUUUAGAAAAAAAGUAUUGGAUUAUAAAAAUGAAAAGAUAGAAUGUGAGUGUGGUGCUAUUACAUCUAGAGUAAAUAGAUAUAGACAUUUAAAAGGAAAGAUUCAUGUAAAUAAUAUGAACAGAUUAGAGUAUUGCAAGUGUGGUGAAAAAAUAAAAAGAUCACAACAUGCCGAUCAUUGUUGCUAA